CAUCGGGAAUCUGGCUGGGAACCUCCUGUUCAUCGUCAUUUUUGCCAUGCCCGACCUGAAGGGACUCCAGACCGGGAUGGUCGAGUGGAGGGUCGUAAUCGCCAACAUGCCUUGGGCGGUGCUCUUGGUCUACGGGGGAGUGCAGUGCAUGGCUGCUGCCUUCAAGGUGUCGGGGCUGGCUGCCACCAUCUCGGACCUGGUGCUCGAGCUGCAGUCUGCGGACCCGACCAUCAGUCAGCUGAUCCUGACGCUGAUGGCCUCUGUGCUUACCGAGGUCAUGGACGACACCGGCACCUGCGGAAUCCUCGUGCCCCCUUCAGCACGCCUGGCUGAGAUGUCCCGCGUGGACCCCGUCUACUACGCCCUUCCCGUGACCAUCGCAGCUAGCACGUCCUUGAUGAUGCCGGCAUCAAAUCUGGCCAUCACAGUUGUUAUAUCCUACGCCGAUAUCACCGUUUCCGACUUGCUAUUACCGGGACUGAUGAUAAAAUGCUUCACUAUUACGGCGGUUCUGCUCGCGAUGAAUACCAUUGGACAACUGGUUUUUCACUUCUCGCAUUUUCCCGAACAUCUCAAGGCACUUGGUCGAAAUGGGAGCACUGCGUCUGGCCCAACCAUCUCCAAUAUAAAUACAUUAUAG